AUGUCUUCAUCGAGCAGGGUUUCAGACCCAGUGGCAGUAGACUCUGACGACCCGAUGUACACUGAUUCAGAGGUUCAUACAUCAGAUACAGACAGCACUGACGAGGAUGCAUUCCAGCCUUUUGCUAUACCCGAUUUGGGGGAUGACAUACCUCAUGCUGAUGGUGUUCCUGCCGGGGAUCUACCUCUUGUGGAGAUCCCUGCUCCUGUUCCACACGCUACAUUUCCUGCAGAGGAUUUGCCACACGAUGUUGAGUCCGAUGACGACCUCGUACUAUUCGAGGGUCCCCCUGAGGACCACCAUGAGGGCGGGGCCCAGAUUGAUGAGGAGGCCCAUUCUGAUUCGUCGAUUCCUGAUUCUCCUGAGUCGGUAGCUUCCUCUGUUCCACCACCUAUUCAUGCUGAUAUACCCGCUGAGCCUGAUGUUGUUGCUCCUUUUCCUGACCCGGUGCCUCUAGAGCCCGACCAUGCACUCUUUGCGGCUCAUGUCGACCCUCAGUAUGCUGACACCCGGAAUGGGUGGAUUGAUGAUGACGAUGAGCUCCCGCCGUUCGUGGCACCUGUAGCCCCCGUCUUGGCACCCAUUUUUGCCCCUACUGAUAUCCCACCUUUUCCCCCACAUACCACCGAUGCACCCUUGUUCCCCACACACACUACUGAGGCGCAUCGCACGGAUCUGCCCAUCACGUUUCUCCAGGAGAUCCCUCCGCCGCGUCCUGGAGAGGGCCCCUCUCAUCAGCCUUUUGGCCAUGCACCUUUUCUGACCGGAGGGGAUCAGUUUGCACCGCAGAUCCCUCACCAUACUGCUGUUCCCCCUGUUCCACCGUUCCCUGUACCACCUUUUACUCCAUCCAGCGAGCCUUUUCUCUGGACCACAUCAUCCAUCAUGCCGCCGACAGAUCCAUAUCAUCCCUAUUAUGUCGGGCCUUCUACGGAGGAUGUCCUCGUUUCAUUCAUGCUACAGCAUGACGCGCUGACGCGUCGUGUCCAGGUCUUGGAGCAGCAGAUAGAGUGUCUGUCGCGUUCUCACCACGCCAUGGAGGAGGAUUGGCUCCUCAUGCGCAGUUUGUUCUAUUUUCAUUUUCCUCCUCCACCACCAGCAGCAUGA